AUGAAAAACCCAACAUACCACAUUAAUGUAUUUCUCCAGGCUGGAUUUCUUCCCAAUGUUUUGAGAUGUCUGUCGCAUCGACCUGACGAAUUACGUGCAUUUCUGAACUACUACGACAUUUUGAUGCUAAAAGAAAACAACCUGAGCAAAGCAGAGAAGGAAAUGAUUGUCGUGGCGACAAGUGCUGCCAAUAAUUGCAUGUACUGUGUUGUAUCACAUGGUGCUCUUACCCGUAUUUAUUCCAAAAAUCCUCUUCUUGGAGAUCAAGUGGCUAUUAAUUGGAAGGCGGCAGAUCUUACCAAACGUGAACGAGCUAUUUUGGAAUUUGCAACUAAGAUUGGUCGAAGUGAGACCAUAGAAGACAACGACUACGCGGCAUUGGAGGAACAGGGUCUUGGACAAGAAGAUGCAUGGGAUAUAGGAGCAAUAGCAGCAUUUUUUGCACUUUCAAAUCGUAUGGCACACAUGAUUGAYAUGAGGCCAAACAACGAGUUCUUUAACAUGGGAAGACUUCCUAAAGAAAAUAAGUAAGCACUUGACAAUUAUUCAUUAUAUAAAAUAUCAAGUAAUGUAAAAAUAGUAUUUUUUAAAAUACACUGUAUAAAUAAACUCUGCAAAAUCGCUACAGACAUUUAUUAUGAGUCAUUUCUAAAACACAUCUUGAAGACAAGGAAAAAAUAUUUUUAGAGUGCUG